AAAAAAGAAUGGGCCAACACAAAGAAAGCGUUUCAUAAGACCAGUACAAAUUCAUUCAAAGUCCUGCCAGACAAAAUUGGGAUGCGGUCAAAAUUCCCAAGUUCGCUGAAAAUUCCUCGUUACUCCCCUGGAAAUUGGCCUCUUGUCUUUGACCG